AAUUUUUAGUGUGUAUUAUAUCAUUUUAUUACAAAAAAAUUCACGAGAAAGGUAUGCUGAAUGCGCUUUUAUCAAUAUAUAUUGGAUGGUUAUUGGGUUUAGUGUUAACAACAGUAUUACUGAUAAUUUGUGGAUAUGGUUGGGGACCAUUACCGCAUUUAUAUGUUAAGUUAGUAAAAUUUGUGCAAAAUUUUUAUCCGCAUAAUUAUCCGCAAACUACUGUUACAUUAUGGCCAGCAAUUAUCAAACGAUGUGAUACAUCAUUACUUCGAAAACAUCGUGAUGAUUCAUUAUCAUCAUUUCAUUUCAGUGAAAUCCCAAUGGUAAAUGCAUUUGAUGUUUGCUCGGAUGCAUUCAAGGCUGGCUUUGAAGCAAUUAUUCAGGAUCAAUUGAGCGUUGCAUUCGAUUCAGCUCCACCAUUCUAUAGUACAUUAUUGGAACGUCCUGACCGGUUACCAUUUCCGGAUGCUGAAUUUCGUAUUUCACGACGACACAUUUUUGGUUACUUUGUCGCAUUAAUAUUUCGUUAUGGUGUUCUGUUACCAAUACGAUUAUGUUUAAUACUUAUUUCACUUCUUUUCUCAACAAGUGCUAUUCUUGCUGACCAUUUGAUGGACAUGACUGAUGAACAGAAAAUACGUGUUGGUGUCACGAAUUGUCGAUUAUUUUGUGCCGCAAUUGGUCUUGUAGCCAAGUAUCAUAAUCGUCAAUAUAGGCCUAAACAACCCGGUAUUGCAGUGGCAAAUCAUUUAUCACCAAAUGAUGUGCAGGCAAUUUAUGCUGAUAUUGAUCCAAGUGAUGGUUAUGGCUUUACAGUAACCGGUCAACGUCAAACUGGUCUUGUUUUUUUCAUUGAAAGUAUUGCCGAAAAAUUUGUCCCAACAUUAUGGCUCGAACGACAUAGUACCACAGAUCGUAAACGCUUCAUGGAUAAGGUACUUCGGGAAGCAAAGGCUAAUGGUCCAGUACUAUUAUUUCCCGAAGGCUAUUGUACAAAUAACACACGUGUACUACAAUUUCGAAAGGCUGUUUUCGAAGAUAGCGUGAUUAUUUAUCCUAUAGCAAUAAGGCAGAAUGCACGUUUUGGAGAUUCAUUUUGGUCAGAGUCAAACUUUUCACGAUACUUAUUACGUAUACUUACAUCAUGGGCAAUAGUUUAUGAUGUUACUUAUUUGGAGCCACAUCAAAAACGACCCGGUGAAAGUAAUCAAGACUUCGCACAAAGAGUUCAAAGAGCUAUAGCUAAAACUGCGGACGUCGAAAGUAUCACAUUAGACGGUCGCUUAUGGUACAUGAAAAGUGAACAGCAACGGCUGAAAACGCUACAGAUGAAAAAUUUAGCAAAACGUUUUAAAGAUCUCAUUACUGAACAAACAGGUCAUGUAAGGUCAGUUGGAAUGGAAUCGUCAAAAUCAUUUAAUGGUAUCAAAUCAACAUCAAUGUUAUCAACUGUUCCAACUAGUGCAGUUUCAUUGAUGUGAUUUGAAAAAAAAAAACAUUUUUUGCAAGAAGGCAACAAAAUAAAGUAGUUAUAAAAUUAAUGCAUAAAUAAAACUUGUCCAUAAUUCAUAUCUUCAUAAGCAAUUGCAGAAAAAUUCUGGUCAGCUGGAAAAAAGAAAAAAAAAGGACAUUAAAAUGAAAAUUCUCGUCCUACACACACGAAUAGCGUUCAAAAAAAACGAAUCGGACAACAGAAAAAUUAUUCCCUAAUCUUAGAAGAGAAAAUACGAUGAGCAAUGUAGACAGAAAAU